GUGCAUAGAUUGACACAAGUUUUGAGUCAGUCGUCGGUCAGAUCAACAUGCACGAGUGAGUCCCGCGAUCACACACAUCACCGAACUAACAUCACUCACUGGUCGGUCAGUCAGGUUUGCCAGUCGUCGCCCGGCCCCGGCGGCCCCGGCAGCCAGAGGGAUACGGCGAACCGCUUCCGAUGACACAGCAGCACCUCGUGGGGCAUGUCACGACUCCUGCACACACAUGCACCGCACCCAGGACAGAUACAGAACAAAGACACACAGAGGCCGUAGACACAACCACCAUUUCCACACGCACCUGAAGAGGACGAGUCUGUCGCCCUUGGGCAAGAUGUCCUGGAUGGCAGGCGUGUCGUCGUCGGCCUCACUCCCAUCGCCGUCUGGAGGUGUGCUGCCGCCCUUCGAGCGGCCAUAUGGGUUCCGCCGCGGCCCAUAUAUGCGGAGGGCCCCGCCGUCACUCUCCUGACCGGCCAAGCAAGCAUACGGCCGUGCAGGGCUCUGCAGGCCUGCUGCCCCCUUGUUUGGUGUGAGUGAUCUGUGCGUGUGUACCGUCCAGUCCUGUGGAUUGGGGUAGUAGAUAGCCGUGAUCUUGCGGCCAUUGUUGGUCUUGGCGUCGUAACUGCAACCACAAACAGCGAUAAGCAGCUGAGCUGGCUGCGGCCGGCAUUCUUGUGUGUCUGUUCUGUUCUGUUCUUCGCCUGACCCUCCGUCGAUGUGUCGCUUGUAGAAGGUGCCCUUGGCGUGAUAGCACGCCAGCUGAAACGUCGACGACAUCUGCACACACAGAUUACACACACACAGAUCCACCACCGGCGUGUUGAAGUGGUGGGUCUGGCGUGGUGUGGUGUGUUGACGACCUGCAGGUAGAGGUUGGCCUUCUUGUUGAGCUCAAAUGGGAGGGACGACAGCACCUCAAACACACCCCACAAAUGCUGCACACACACGGGAGAAGCCAGAUAAACGGUGGGGCUCUGUUUAAGGAUAGCAUCGUGCAUCUACGUGAGUGUGGCUGGGGCGGUGUCACUGCUGACCUUGUGUUGUAUGCGGUCGAUGUCGGCGAAUGAGAACCAGCCCAUGUCGUCACUCCUCGUCCCGCUCAGCUGCUGCUGAUACUGCACCGCAGACAUGACAACCAGCCGUACGCCACGCUCAUGGCCGUACUGAGUGAAUGUAUGGGUGUUUACGGUACCACUUGGUUGAAUGUGCUAGCGUAUUCGAGCAUCUCGACCUCGCGAUACACCUCGGUGUACUCCUGCAUGCACCGCAUACAGACACAAACACCCAUAUCCAUCCAUCCAUCCAGCCGCGCAUCCAGGAUACACCCACAUACACACCUGUCCGCCCAUGAAUCCGUCCUGCACAGCGAACCCCGUCCUCAUCAAGCUGUGGAUGGUCUCGGAACGCAAGCGAUCCAAAUCAGAACCGCGAUAACCACCUGAUCAGCAAGCAGGGGCCGGGAGGGGAGGGGGCCACAUAGGGUAACAUAGGGUAGGUGUGUGCUCCACACAGGCGCUUCAUCCGUCUGUCCGUCUGUCUGUCUGUCUGCUUGUCUAGUUGUGCUGACUGACCCACCAGGUGUUGCGAGCAGCCCGCCUUCCCGACUCUCCAGCGACUGGGCACUGCGGAUCUGCACACACACACAUAUCCACACAGACCGGCUGCCUUUGGUGCGGAGACAACUGACCUUUGCGUUGACGGUUUGCAGUAUUUGUCUGAUGAGGGCCUCCUUGAGUAUCUCCUUCUGCACGCCAAUGGCCGUCUCCUCGUCCAUCACAGCUCCCUCCUCUGACACACACGUGCAACGAUACAAACACGACCGAAGGUGUGCUGAACUGGUUGGUGUGAUGCUGACCGACCCUGGGCGGCCUUUCGCCGGACAUUUUCGAAGAUCUCUGCUGUUCUCUCCAUGACGAGCACCACCAUGUCCCGCAGACCGUCAUCGCCGCAUACCUCAUCCAACAGCUGACCCACACCGUCAUCUGCACGCAUACACACAGUCACACGCCAUCCAGGCAACCAAGCAACUAACGUGAAAUUGCGUCUUUCCCUCUCGCUGGGGUGUGUCUGACCAGGUCCUUUCUUGCACGUGUGAUGGUGGUGGUGGUGGUGAUGCUGGUGGUGGUGGUGCUGGUGGUCAUGGCCAUGAUGGCCCUCGUCAUCUGACGCAUCAUCUUCGUCUGCCGCAUCAUCGUGACAGUGGUGGUGGUGAUGCCGGCCCUUCUCCUCGGUCCCUGUGCCGGAUCUGAGUGGGUGAGGAGAAGCAGAGCAGCCAACAUGGAUGGAUGGAUGCCAUGUGUGUAUUCGACCGCCUGUCCUCUACCUCGCCCGCCUCUCUAGAUCCAGCAUCGCUCGAUGGUCGAGAGUGCUCCGCAGCACCGCCACCAUCUUGUCCACCGUCUCUUCGUCCCAUUCCACCUCCACUUUCCCGUCCAUUUUCGCAUCUUGCGAGCUUUGCCCAUCUGGCUCGCGUUCCUUCUGGGGGAUUGAAUGAAUGCAGAUGGCGCCAAUGUCGCCCGGAGUGCUGUAGCAGUGCCUUAAGAGAGG